AUGUCGCCCUGUAUCGGGUCGACCCCUGUGCAAGCCCUCGUCGUGACCAUGAAGAUCCUCUGUCUCCACGGCCACGGCACGAAUGCUGCCAUCCUGCAGUAUCAGCUCUCCGGUGUCAUCAACUUGGCUGAUCCCAGCUGGGAAUUCCACUACUUGACUGGGGAAGUGGACUGCCCUCCAGCUCCAGGCAUCACAGACAACUUCCCUGGCCCCUACCGCUGCUACACGCGUCGGUUCGACCCGGCGAGCGAGGGCGCCGCACAUGACCUGAUCGACGACACAAUCGACGAGCAGGGCCCCUUCGACGGGGUCCUCGGGUUUAGCCAGGGGGCAGCCAUCGCCGUCUCGUAUCUCCUAGAGCACCAGGCCCAACAGCCAGACAAGCCACUCCCAUUCCGUUUUGCGGUGUUCUGCUCAAGCACGGUCCCCUGUGCCGCGGAUCGUGUUUACAGCCAGACGGUCCUGGGAUGCCUAUCGCCCGAGGAGGAGCAGCAUCUUCGAUCCGGCCAGGACGAGAGGAUCGCGCAACUCCCCAAGCAUGCGCGCACCGCCAUCAGCACGCUGAUUGAAACUCUUGAUCAGACGGCGCCCAUAACCCAGCAGCAUCGGUCGUUCUAUCUGGAUCGGCCUCUGGCGGAGAUUCCCUGUGUGCGGCAUCCGGAGCUGUGCGCCACCCGCCUGGCUAUCCCUACCCUGCAUGUUCGCGGGAAGACGGAACAGCCGGAGAUCAAGCAUAUGGGCCAGCUCGUGGAGGCAUUCUGUCUGACUGGGAAGCGGCGGUCAUGGGAGCAUUCGGCGGGGCAUGAUUUGCCUCGCUCGGGGGGAGAGGCAGGCCAUUUCCUCUCGGGGGUGGAGUGGGUGGUAGGCCAGAUGAACGAAGGAGUGGCUCCUGAUCUCGAUGGCUCGGCCUGGGAAUUCCAGCUUCCAGCCAGUCGCAGGCUUGAUGUCACCUCUUGCCCUGUUGGAACAUGCAAGAACCACUGA